AUGUCGGUCAAACUCACAUUUGUCUCUCCUGGUGAUGGAGGUGGUAUCAGCAGGAGUUGUUCCUUCACUGGAUUCAGCACUGUGCAAAGCAGAAAAUUAGCAAAGUCUCUCAGCAGAAGUUCAGUGAGAUCAAGAAUGUCACUGAAAUCCCCCAAGGCUUAUAAUUCCCUGCAGAAGGGGGCGGUCAUCUGGGAUCCAAAGCCACUGCACGUGAAGAAAAUUUUUGAAGCUUUGAAGAAAGGACUUAAUGAAUGCUUAGAAGCACAUCAGGCUGAAUUGGAUUAUCUCUCUGGUCGACACAAAGAUACAAAAAGGAACUCCAGAUUGGCUUUCUACUAUGACCUGGAUAAGCAAAUCCGCUCUGUGGAGAGAUACAUCAGAAAACUGGAGUUUCACAUAAGCAAGGUAGAAGAACUCUAUGAAGCUUACUGUAUCCAGUGCAGACUACGAGAUGGGGCCACUAAUAUGAAACAUGCCUUUUCCUUGUCUCCUUCCACCAAAGCCUCCAGGGAGAGCCUAGUGGAGCUUUACAAGAACUUCCAAGAGUGCACAGAGGACAUGUGCUUUAUAGAAGGGGCACUGGAGGUCCAUUUGGGAGAGUUCCACUUGAAGAUGAAAGGGUUGGUGGGCUUUGCACGUCUCUGCCCGGGGGACCAAUAUGAGGUGUUUGUGCGACUGGGGCGCCAAAAAUGGAGGUUGAAAGGCAAGAUUGAGAGCGAUGACAGCCAAACAUGGGAUGAGGAAGAAAAGAUUUUUAUACCCAAUCUCCACGAGAAGUUUGAAAUCAAGGUAACAGAGCUGCGAGGACUGGCCACUAUUCUCGUUGGUGUUGUGACAUGCGACAACAUAAACUUCUUUACAACCAAGCCUCAGGCAAUCAUUGUGGAUAUAACUGAACUGGGCACCAUCAAGCUACAGCUGGAGGUCCUCUGGAACCCCUUCGACACAGAGAACCUGUUUUUGUCACCUGGAACCACUGCCAAGUUUUCUGUGGGUAGCAGGAAGAGCUCAUUAUACAACUGGACCCCACCAAAUACUCCCAGCUUCAGAGAGAAAUACUGCCUGUCUGUUUUGCAACAAAGGCAGAACCAAGGGGAUGUAAGUGAUGAAGCUCAGCCUCCCAGCAUAUUGAGCUACCUGGCUGCCUGUGAUUUUGAUGUACAUGGGAGGAGCAAGCCUCUCAACCCUGCAGAGACAAGCGAGGCAGACUCGUUCAGCUCUGAGGAUCAGAAAGGGACAGAAUCCAGAAAUACAAAUCCAGCCCUAGACCAUAGGACAUUGCCAUUGGUGAUUAUUCAAGAGACUUGUGCAGAAGAGCAACAGCAUCCUCUUCCAAGUCACACAACUCUAGAUAUCCUGAAGAAGACUCCGUGUGUGGAUGGAUUUCCAAAUAAACCAUUGAGUUUUCUGAAUCACCACAAAGGUGGUAGAGAUUCUUUCAACCAGACCAGAAAUCGCCGUCUGACAGAGCAAGAAGACAUUAGCCAGAAAAGCUUGAAUGCUGCAAAUGACCUAAAACCAGAUGGACGUACAAAGUCAAUUGAUAAGACUCUCCAAGAAGUGUUAAAUUUGCUGGAAUUACAUGAUGUGGGGCAAGCCCAACUGAAGAAAUUGGAACACCGGGUUUCAUCUCUGAGGGAUAAAUUAAAGCUAAAGACACUUCAUCACAAACAUUCAUCUAUGGAAAGUUUAAUGGUGGAGACAGUACUGGAAAGCUUUGACUUUUUAAACGCUGACUGUAGUGCUGAUGAGCUUUCAUUAUUUGGAAGCAUAAGAACAGCCAGUAUCAGCACAUACAAUGACAACACGCUUCGGUCCCUCAGCUGUGACAUGAGAACAGAAACAAGAGAUGUAACUACUGGUGAUGACAACUUAGACACGCUUUUGAUAACUCAUCUGAAGCUGUGCAAAGGUCUUUUGCAGAAACUGAGGUCACCAAAUGUAGCCCGGGUUGUCCAGGAGAGCAUUUUGGAAAAAGUAUCAGAGCAGACAGAAGUCCUGCGGGAUGUCUUGGACAUGUCUGUUGAAGAAAUUAUUCAAAAGGCUAAAAAGAAGAAGCACUAUCUGAAAAUCUGGAGUGAUCUUGCAGAGCCUGGCAGCUUCUUGUUUGCUUCAGCAGAAAGAUUCCGUCAUGCACUAAAAUACACAUCGAUGCUCAAAGUGAAGGAAAAAUACCCCGGUCAAUUAGAAGCAGUAUUGCAGAGGUUGCUAGAGCAGAUCAUCACCUGUGACGGGUUGCUCCCCUCUCUGUACCUCCAAACAGAACCAGUUACUUUAUUCCAAUUUUAUGGCUACCUGGAGAAACACCACAUUACCAGCCUGGAGAAACACCUGGGAAAGCUUGCUAAAGAAGUGAUGCUGACUGAGGAGCUGCAAUGCCCUGGGCGGCUGAAGACCCUUAAAAAAUUGCGAGGAAAGCGACUGAACAAACUCCAACCUCUACCACAGACUUUACGGCUACUUGGGAUUUUACAGCUAGACGACAACCACCGCGUCAGCAAAGCGGCCACAUCCUGCCUCUCCCGUGCAGCAGCAAGCAAGAACUUCAGGGAAAGGGCUGUCUUCUUUUACACUGAUGUUUUAGCUGACUGUGAUGCAAGACUUCAGCAAGCUGCAUGUUUGGCUCUUAAAAACCUCAGAGGUGUUGAGAGUAUUGAGCAGGUUGCCCACCUGUGCCAGUCCGAAACAGAGGAAGUNNGGAAUGCCGCCAGGGAAACGACGCUGUCCUUUGGUGAAAAGGGACGGCAAGCCUUUGAGAAAAUGGACAGGAUUUGCUGUGAAUUAAGAGAAACUGUGCAACAAGAGGCUGAAAUUGAAAUCACAGUAUUCUAG